GCUAUAGCCAGACGAUUGGAUCCAUGCCAUGCACCACCACUGUGCCUGGAAACAUGUUCCUUUUCUGUGUAUGUUUCAUUGAUGUUGUUUGCAGCCAAGCUCUGGUAUGAUGGGAGUGAAAUUCUGGUGGAAGUUGCUAGUCCUAGAAUUUCUGGUGGGGUUUUUCUACCUCUGCUCGGCUCGCUUCUUGAUGCCAUUAUCAGCUUUGCAUCCAGACUAUGUAGGAACACAGAAACUGCUGAAAAUGAUAAGGUGUCAGCUGGGAUCGGCUUGCUGACUGGAUCAACUGCUAUGCUUCUGAUGUUGCUAGGGGAUCCUUCAUCAUAGUUGGCAAGUAUGACCUUGAAUAUUCAAGGGAUAAAGCAUCGAAGAAGGAUGCCAGAGGAUUCAUCUUAGUUGGUACUUCGCUCUACUCUUCAAUUACUUCAACUAUUUCGAUCUCAACAGGGGUUGCUUCGAAAUUGUAAACUACCAAAUUUUGUUUUCGUAGUACA